UGUGUCGUUCAGACCCCUGUCGGAUUACAAUAAUCCGCCGCAAGCGGAUUUCCUACAACAUGGCUCAGAGCGUGGGUUUGUGGGUAGUGUAGUAUUUAAGGCCAGCAGAAAGACAAAGAAGAAGGAAGGAGGUGCCAAAAGAGCCCAGAGAGCAUCAUCCAAUGUUUUCUCCAUGUUCGAACAAACCCAAAUCCAAGAGUUUAAAGAGGCUUUCACUUUAAUUGACCAAAAUCGAGAUGGAUUCAUUGAUAAAGAAGACCUGAAGGACACAUAUGCAUCAUUAGGUAAGCUCAAUGUGAAGGAUAAUGAACUUGAAGACAUGUUAAAGGAAGCAACUGGACCCAUCAACUUCACAAUGUUUCUUAAUCUAUUUGGAGAAAAGCUGCAUGGUACUGAUGCUGAGGAAACCAUCCUAAAUGCUUUUAAGUUAUUUGAUUCAGAUGCCAAGGGUUUCAUACAUAAAGAUGAACUGCAGACUUUACUGAUGACCCAAGCUGACAAGUUUUCGUUGGAGGAGGUCAAUCAAAUGUUCCAAUCGUCAAAUAUCGACCCUGCUGGCAACCUGGACUACAAAUCUCUGUGCUACAUUAUCACACAUGGGGAGGAGCAAGAAGAAUAGACAUGUAAUAACAAGUUAUUAUUUCUAACUAAUUAUCA